GCGGUUUUCAAGGUAUAUUCAAAACAUUGAAUAACAUUGAGGUUAUGUUGACCGUUUGAUGUAGUAUUAAUGAAAGAUAUUUGUUUUCAUUAGCAAGAAUUACAGAUUGUAGAAUGGAACCUAAACGGGUUUUGGCAGAAGUGACCAAUAAAACCCUGGAGAAUUCCAAGGAACCAGUCAAAGAACCCCCCAAAGAACAAGCUAGACCAGAUAGAACAAAAUGGUCACUAGAUAGUUUUGAUAUUGGGAAACCACUUGGAAAAGGGAAAUUUGGUACAGUCUAUCUGGCAAGAGAAAAAGCUACAAAAUUUAUUGUUGCUCUUAAGGUUUUAUUCAAGUCACAGUUGCAGAAAGCUGGUGUGGAACAUCAACUUCGCAGAGAAAUUGAAAUUCAAUCACAUUUAAGACACCCAAAUAUAUUACGUCUGUAUGGCUACUUUCAUGACAAGUCCAGAGUAUACCUAAUCCUGGAGUAUGCGCCAAAAGGGGAACUCUAUAAAGAAUUACAGAAACAGGGACGUUUUGAUGAAAAGAGAGCAGCUACUCACAUGCUGCAAAUGUUCAAAGCAAUGUCCUACUGCCAUGAAAAGAAAGUCAUCCACAGAGAUAUCAAGCCUGAGAACUUGUUAAUGGGACUGACAGGAGAACUCAAAAUAGCUGACUUUGGCUGGUCUGUGCAUGCACCAUCAUCAAGACGCACCACACUAUGUGGUACUCUAGACUACCUUCCUCCUGAAAUGAUAGAAGGACAACUUCAUGAUGAACGAGUGGACCACUGGAGCCUGGGAAUCCUCAUGUAUGAGUUCUUGGUGGGAAAACCACCAUUUGAAGCCGAGACAAACACAGAAACUUAUAGAAGGAUAACAAAAGUUGAUCUGCAUUUUCCCCCAUAUGUUUCGGAAGGGGCCAAGGAUUUAAUAUCAAAGUUACUUCGUCACAAUCCCAAGCACAGAAUCGACUUCCGUGAUGCCAUGGAACAUCCCUGGAUAAAAGAAAACAGCCACACGCUACCCACUGGCCGAUCAGAGAGCAAGUCCUCAACCUCCUCCACAUCCUGAGAGACGUAGCAUGUUAAGGGGUCUGCAAUAAUCAUGUGAUCUGUCACUAGUUGGGGGUUCUUCUGAAAACUGAUACAAUUGCCUGUUUUCCCACCUCUAUAUACAAAAUAUCUUCUAAGGUAUCAGUGCUUAAUGAAAAUUGUGUGUUCUUUUAUUACUGAAAAAAAAUCAGUCUAGGAAAAUAUUUUGUAUUUUUGUAAGAAACUGUUCAAAGAACUGUUUACAAUUUUUGGACAAAAUAUUGAGUAAUUGUAGCACUAAGAUUUGAGUUUUACUUUCUGGAUGAUAAUUUAAUGUUAUUGAGCUACACUAUGUUUCAUUCAAAAACUCUUGUUUCAGUAAAUUGAGACAAUGUGAUGAUUUGAUGUUCCUUUUAAGCAAGUCGUAGUAGAAGAUGAUUUCAAUUUUUAUGUUGAUGGAAUAUGUGAACGAUUUGUGUCGUAUUUGGAUGAGGUAGUGCUGUACACAUUGUGUCUAUCAAGGAUUGGAUGCAUGUGGUUUUUGAAAAUGUGUGAAUGUGUACUAGUUACAUUUAUUUUUUUCUGUACAAGUACUCAGAUGGUGUGAUUGUAUCUUUGUCAUACAGUAAGGUGGCCCUUUUCACAAAAAAUCUUACUAGUUAGGGAAAAUUUUUGUCUCUGCCUUAUACUCAACUGAGUGCGACUAUGUCCAGAGUAAGAACACAAGUUUUAAUCACAAAGGCAUGUACUUAGAUUGCUCAUUUAGAAAAACAAAUGUGUAUGAGCAAAGAAUUAUAAAGGAAUUACAAUGUUUUAAAAUUUUCAUAUUCUUCAUAAGAGUUUUUAUGAAAGGGUUACAGAACUAUGGAAAACUUAAUGUUGAUGCAGAUGUCAAAUUGUUGUGUUUUUCCCCCCCAAAAUACAUGUGUACAUACUUGGAACGACACAUACAGUAUAUAGCAUUAUAUUUUUCAUGUGAUGAGGAACACUUCAUUUUUGCCAAGACUAACUUUGGAAAUACCUGUAGAUAUUUGAGACAUGUACCGGUAACUGUUACUGUUUUGCAACUUCACAGGCAGUUAGCUUCUGUUAUUUCAUCUGAACAUAAUAAGAAUUGUGCUUUGGCUUCAUUCCAUGGCCUUGUUAAACCAGCAAAAAAAUUUUGGCAAAUAAUGAUGAAACCACAGCAUAUAUUGUCGAUAUUGCAUUUAGAAUGUAACAGAUGUUUGAAGUAAUGAGGAAAAACUUGGACACACAAUGGUGUAAUGAAUAUAAAUCAUGGUUGAUUUUUUAAUCAUCUAUUAAAUUAUUUUGUAUGAA